UUCGCUUCCUACAGUAUACACAUCUUCAUCAAGUAUCCUACCAUCGAAAUGGCCUGCAUCAAGUUGAUCGGUUCCCUGGUUCUCGUUCUGCUGAUUGUUCUCGCCAUCAGCACCACAACGGAAGCCGGCUACAGAAAGCCCCCAUUCAACGGAAGCAUCUUCGGCAAGCGCAAUGGAAACUCGAUCGAAUACGAAGGCAAUGUGAAAGUGCUCUCAACCAUGUGUGAAAUAGCCGCGGAAGCGUGCCAAUCUUGGUUCUCCCAAGAACAGAAGUAAUACAUCCACACCGGACAUAUCGAAUUCCCUUAACGUUCACUAGCAACCCCUCGAUUCACAGAAGAAUUGCAACAGACAGCCGCCAAUAAAAUUAUUGUUCAUAAACGUUCCAAAUAUUAUGGCAAAAUAAAAAGCAAAUUUGUUCUCCCAACA